CCAUUAGAUAGCUAGUGGGGCGGCUGCAGUCCUCUGCACACUUUGUCUGGUAUAAGCUCUUGGAAUGGAGCUCCAACAACCCAAGACCAGCUUCUGGAUCCUUUUCUUUAUUGCUCAGAUGGAUAGACAUGUGGGCUGCACAUGCAAAACUGCGAAGACAAGGACCACCAGGGUCAGUGCAGCUGCUGGCUCUAGUGUCCUUAUGCCAUGUGUGUUCAACAUUACCUUACUUCAAAAAGACCGUGUGGCUGCCAAUUGGAUGUACAACACCACCCAAAAUGUGAUGCGCCUUGUUACGAUCAGCACAAUGGACCCUCCGAUCUUCUGGAAUGGCAGUAAUGACAGAGUACAGGUAUAUCCAUUGCUGUCAAGCCAGGGCAACUUCUCCGUGUUGCUCAGUGACGUAGAGAAUGAUGACGAAGGGCUGUAUGUGUGUGAGCUCAUGGAAGGGGCCGCAUGCACUUUGGGGAAGCAGGAAAUCCUCUUCAGCAUCACAACAGAGUUUGCCUUUUCAAGGCUCUUCUGGUAUUUGCUCAGCAGUGGAUGUAUGGCCUGUGGGAUCACUGCAGUCACUGCUGUUAUUGUCUGCUGGAUGAAAAGUCACAAAGAAAUUGACCCUCCGAUAUACGCCAAUACUUAUUUUCAUGAAGGAAAUAUGACAUGUCCUGAUAUCUCAAAAAUGGAGAAAACAACUGUUGACAAGCAAAUUUCAGGUGUUUUUCCUGGGCAUAGCAAUUCGUCACUGAACGUCUCUUCUGGCAGUGAACCAGACUAUGAGAACGAAUUGGACAUCACAGAUUUAAAGACGGUCUGCCCUACACACUUGGAGAACAGAAAACGAGAUAGUUAUGUGAAUCCAGUUUAUGUUAACAGUUAUGAAAACCUUGAAGAGACAUCAUUGUGAAUGAACUGGCUAUAAAAAGAGAUCAGAACAACAGUAACAUUAAUUUAUAUAACACAUUUGUAUACAAAAAGUAUACCUCAAAGUGUUUUACAGGAAUCAGAAGAAAAAAUUACAAUUAUAUAAAAAAUACAAAUAUAAAUAAAUACACCCUCACACUGGUAUUA